CGUUGAUCUCAUAUUCUGCAAAAGCGAUAACUUUGGACUAAAGACAUCGUCUCAUCGCGGAAAUUUCAAAUCCGUCACGGGCAGCUGUUCUUCUCUAGACCAUAUUAUCGGCCGAAUAAAGCCUCGCAGCCCUUCGAAGCCUGAAAUGGCUUCUUUUAUCGCUACCAUUAAUGCGAGAAGCCGCGGACAGGCAUUCAAGCCCCGCAAUGCCAGCAAAGGAACAAACAGUUACCAGCUGAGACAAUUUGCUGAGGCCACCCUCGGAAGCGGCAGUCUGAGGAAGGCUGUGAAGCUGCCAGAAGGAGAAGACCUUAACGAAUGGUUGGCAGUUAACGUGGUCGACUUCUACAACCAGAUCAAUCUUCUUUAUGGCUCUAUUACCGAAUUCUGUUCGCCGCAGUCAUGCCCAGAGAUGAAAGCUACUGAUGAGUUCGAAUAUUUGUGGCAAGACUCGGAAAAUUUCAAGAGACCGACCAAGAUGCCCGCGCCGGAGUACAUCGAGCAUUUGAUGGUUUGGGUGCAGAGUAACAUCGACAAUGAACAAAUGUUUCCCAGCAGAAUAGGCGUCCCCUUCCCAAAGACCUUCCCAUCGCUCAUUCGACAGCUCUUCAAGCGUCUGUACCGAGUCUACGCUCAUAUAUACUGCCACCAUUACCCAGUGAUUGUCCAGCUUGGGCUAGAGCCGCAUCUCAACACCAGCUUCAAGCACUACGUUCUCUUCAUUGACGAGCAUGGACUUGCGACCGGCAAGGACUUUUGGGGUCCUCUAGGUGACUUGGUGGAUAGCAUGCUGAGAAGCGAUUGAGUCAGGGUCCGAACGGGUGAAGAGCACCUAUGGUUAUACAUGAACGUAUUUUUACUUUUAGCAAAUGUUCGCCAGUAUGAAGUUGGGAUGGUGAGGCGUUGGGCGCAACAUCGCAAAUAUCCGCGAGGGGGCAUUUAACCGCGUGGUUGUUACUGGGAACUGGUUUCUGUCUAUUAAAAAGGUUGGCGCUGCAGGACCCCGCCCAUUAAAGGGGAAGAGAUCGGUACUAUCGCGAGACAUCAAGGCGUAUCAUAAACUAAUAGAGAGCA